CACAGUUGACAGCUGGUUUGCCGUCAGUCCUCUGCUCUUAUCCCAAUCUCUUGGGUGGUUGGUGGUUGCAAGAAGUUUUCAAGUUCUUUGCUGGUUAACUUUAUAAUAUUUUAGACAUCUGUUGUUUGUAUUAUCACUUGUGUUUCUACUUGUGUACUUUGGUUUUGAUUAAGGAAGUUUAUUUGUUAUUUAAACCAUGUCUUUACUGUACGUAAAAGCGUACUAUGGACCUUGUGAUACUUUUGACUGUUGCAUGCAUAAACCCCAUUUGUUAUUUGGUCUGAGAGAUCGCCUCCAAAAAUUGGGUUUUCGAAUGGAUCUCAUUCCAGUACCGUUCAUAAACUAUUGCAUGCUUGAAAUGUGUGGACAUGAGGUAUUCCGUUGUAAUAUAAAGAACUUAAAAUUCAACGUGAGUUCUACUCGGGACCCCACUUGCAGACGAGCUAUUGAGGCCGUCAUUGGGUCCGCAGUAAAGUUCAGGAUAGCUCGUACCAUACUCUGGUUCUGGACGGCUUUGGACCACCAGAUGUUCAGACGAAGCAAGUAUGCUCCCAAGGACUACUGGCCUAAAAAUAUAGAUUUCGGACACUCAACGUGCACAGAGUGCGUCAACUGCUGUGGCGUCGUUGUGAAGAAACCUCCUAAUAGCGAUACCUAACGUUGAAGAUUAUUAGAAUACUCAAUCAUUCACGAUGGAGAACUUUUGAUUCCACAUUUUUAAGUUUUCUCCAUGGAUCCCAUAUACCUAAUGUCAUUUGUACUUGCAUAUAAAGUCUGAAUCUUUUUCACUAGAGGAGAAUAUUAUAUAAUCGAAGAUUGUUGUUUCGAUUGUUGAAGUAAACUCAACAUGCAAUGAACUCUGUAGUGGUAGUAGUAGAAUUGACUUCUUUCUAUUUUAUAUUGUUUAUUGAGCUUGUUUCUAAAAAGUGCUAGGUACUUACUUACUUUUAAUAAUGAUUAAUUACAUAUUACGAUAUUUACUGUCAUUGUUAUAGAGAACAUUCUUAUAAGGUUUAUUAUGUAACUAAUAUUAAUUUAAUUAUAUUUUAUCUAUAUUUUA